UUGUUUUCAGUAAAUCUUCGUGAUGCCGUGGUUGGUGUGAAAUGGACGGCAUACAGAUGGAGCCCAUCGGCAAAUAUAAAGCCGAUAGAAACGGUUCGGCGAAAGCCGCCGCUUGGCGAAACAUGGUGGAUCAAGAUUUGGAUGACGUGGCUUUUCUUGCGGAUACGGACAAAGCGAGAGAGGCGAGGGAACUAGGAGAUGCGCCUGUCGCGGUAUGCUCGCAGCGUAAAGCGCUAUGUCUCACCGCUUUGGUCUUCACAGCAAUAUUCGCUACCGCAUUACUCGUAGUAUAUGCGAGUCCUCAACCAGACUGUCCGUGUGCUGGAGGCAGCCCUCUUAUACCAGGGCAAGUACCUACAGAACUGGAAACCAGCGUAUCUUCUACUAAUAAUGAUUACAAGGAUAGAAUAGCAUCUAAUGGUGCAGUCUUCCCUUGGCGUGGUGCUCGUCUUCCUACAUUCAUGAUACCGAAACACUACAGCCUCUGGUUACACCCUAAUCUAACGACUGGGGAAUUACGUGGUGAAGUAUCCAUAGACUUUAGAGUGGAUCGUGAUACAGGCUUCUUGGUACUUAACGUACGAGAUAUGAAUGUAACAGAACGGGCACUAUUCAAAAGUGGAGGCUCCUUAGGACCGAAAAUAGUGAAGACUUUGGACUAUCCACCCGCUGAUCAGACUUAUAUUGAGUUUAAAGAGAAACUUCGUCGGAAGUAUAAUUACACUUUGAGUCUUCGUUUCAUCACCAAAUUAGGUAAAGGUGAUAAACAAAGAGGUUUCUUUCUAACAGGAACACAUAGACGACGAUGUGCUGUUUCACGUUUUUGGUUGACGCACGCUCGUUCAGCUUUCCCAUGUUUAGACGAACCUCAUUUGAGAGCUACGUUCAAACUUACUAUUGUUAGAGACAGAUUUCACGUUUCCUUGACAAAUAUGCCUAUAGUUGCAACGGAAGAGGCGGGCUUCUAUCUUGGGCAUAGAUUGUUACAAGAUGAAUUUGCUCAGUCACCACCAAUAUCACCGCAUAUGAUAUCACUAGCCGUAUGUCGGCUGCAGCGACGUGCUGCACCAAUCAAUGUCACUGAAAACAUGGAUUCAGAAGAUGUACCCACUGAAAUAAGCUUAUAUAGUGAUCAGGAAACAAUAUUGGAUGAAUCCGGACCUCUACUGGAAUGGGUACAGAGAACUAUUCAACUAUUUGCAUAUGAACUAAACACUUCAUAUCCAUUACCUAAAUUUGAUAUAGUAGUGGUUGAUGGAAGCAACCCCUAUUCAGAGGGAUGGGGUUUGAUUAUUCUCGAUCCAAUCACACUUACGGACACAAAAGUAAUCGCCAAAUUAAUAGCGCAACAAUGGUUCGGUGGGCUUGUGUCUCCACGUUGGUGGAGUUCUCAGUGGCUGAUGGAAGCUCUCACGUCAGUACUGAGCGAGAAAGCAACACCGCUAAGUGACGCGACAGCUGAGAGAGAAGAGGACGCAUUACUGCUAGACCACGUGUUACCUGCACUUAGAUUGGAUUCAAGCUAUUCCGUACGUGCGGUUGCAAAUCCAAGACUAGAACGAGCCGAUAUAGAAUCCUCGGCUGAAGAAUUAUCACUACACAAGGGUGCGGCCAUAGUGAGCAUGGCUAUAGAGGCGGCUGGGGAAGCUGCGGGACGCGCGGCUUUAUCAAGGCUGCUAAGAGAUCACCGCUUCUCAAGCACCGACGCUAGAGACCUCUGGCGUGCGUUACAGAGGAACGGUACAGAUGACACACCGGCCCACGCUUGGGACGGCUGGUGUGACAAAGCCGGGUAUCCAUUACUAUCCGCAAGGAUAUCCGGACCUGAUGUCAUCAUAAGACAAGAAAGAUUUGUGAUGACCGCUGAACCACCUGAUCCUGAGCCUGUGAUGAUUAACAGCCUCCUCACUAUGGAUUUGAGAGCUGAUCUAGACGAAUUAUUCUACGAGCCUGAAAACUACACGGAAAUAAUAGAAGAAGAUAUAAACGCAACAACAACAACACAACAACCAACAACAACAACAAAACGUACAACAAUAAAAACAACAAAACCCCCUCCUUUACCCAAAUGGGUUAUCCCAGUUACAUUCUCAGUGGGACCAUUAGAGAACGAUGAAGAAGAAAAUAUAACAAGAAUAUGGAAGAAUACCACUGAAAGCAUACAUAAUGGAACUUGGUAUGAAGUAAAUAAUGAUACGAAAAUCCAUCGAAUCUCACGUUGGGUAGAAAAUAUCACACAUCUCAUAUGGAUGAACGAAACUGAAAUGUUAAUACCCGAUUUGGGUAAACACAAAUGGGUGAGAUAUAAUGUUGGAGCGAGAGGGCUGUAUAGAGUCGCUCCACAAGAUCAUGCUGAAGGAGAGAACUAG